GCUGCUGAAACGGGCUCUUCCAGGGAGCGGUGUCACAUGACUCCGCCUGCCCCUGCCAGCGCACAGCUCGCAGCUCCCUCAGUUUCCCAGGUGCCAGGGGAGGGUCUCCACGCACCUCCUGGGCCCCGGGCUCUGCGGAGCGGACACGAGCUUCCAGUGGGGAAUGGUACAUCCGGAUUCCAGAAGCCACGACUCGGCGCCAGAUCCCGGAGUGUAGCUAUUUGGGGGGGAGGGGAGAGCGAGAAGGAGGGAGCGAGCGAGCGCCAGAGAGGCAGCGCUGCGCGCACGGACAGGGGGCUGCUGGCGGCGCGGAGAAGAUGUAAGCGCGUGGGGUCUAGCUGGCCUCCGAGCACCAUGCAGAAAGGGAUCCGGCUGAACGAUGGCCACGUCGCAUCCCUGGGGCUGCUGGCACGCAAGGACGGCACGCGCAAAGGCUACCUGAGCAAGCGGAGUCCGGACAACACAAAAUGGCAAACCAAGUGGUUCGCGCUGCUGCAGAACCUGCUCUUCUACUUCGAAAGCGACUCAAGCUCACGGCCCUCUGGGCUCUACCUGCUGGAGGGCUGCGUCUGCGACCGAGCGCCCUCCCCGAAGCCUGCGCUCUCGGCCAAGGAGCCGCUGGAGAAACAGCAUUAUUUCACGGUGAACUUCAGCCAUGAGAACCAGAAAGCCCUGGAGCUGAGGACAGAGGACGCGAAGGACCGUGACGAGUGGGUGGCGGCCAUCGCUCAUGCAAGCUACCGGACCCUGGCCACCGAGCACGAAGCCCUGAUGCAGAAGUACCUGCACCUGCUACAGGUCGUGGAGACGGAGAAGACUGUGGCCAGACAGCUGCGGCAGCAGAUCGAGGACGGCGAGAUGGAGAUUGAGCGGCUGAAGGCGGAGAUCGCAUCCCUGCUCAAGGACAAUGAGCGCAUCCAGUCCACCCAGACCGUAACCCCCAAUGACGAGGACAGUGACAUCAAGAAAAUUAAGAAGGUGCAGAGCUUCCUGCGGGGCUGGCUGUGCCGGCGCAAGUGGAAGACCAUCAUCCAGGACUACAUCCGCUCGCCCCACGCCGACAGCAUGCGCAAGCGCAAUCAGGUGGUGUUCAGCAUGCUGGAGGCCGAGGCCGAGUACGUGCAGCAGCUGCACAUCCUGGUCAACAACUUCCUGCGCCCGCUGCGCAUGGCCGCCAGCUCCAAGAAGCCCCCCAUCACGCACGACGACGUCAGCAGCAUCUUCCUCAACAGCGAGACCAUCAUGUUUCUGCACCAGAUUUUCUACCAGGGGCUGAAGGCACGCAUCUCCAGCUGGCCCACGCUGGUCCUGGCCGACCUCUUCGACAUCCUGCUGCCCAUGCUAAACAUCUAUCAGGAGUUCGUGCGGAACCACCAGUACAGCCUGCAGAUCCUGGCCCACUGCAAGCAGAACCGCGACUUCGACAAGCUGCUGAAGCAUUACGAGGCGAAGCCGGACUGCGAGGAGAGGACGCUGGAGACCUUCCUCACCUACCCCAUGUUCCAGAUCCCCAGGUACAUCCUGACGCUGCACGAGCUCCUGGCCCACACUCCCCACGAGCACGUCGAACGCAACAGCCUGGACUACGCCAAGUCCAAGCUGGAGGAGCUGUCCAGGAUAAUGCACGAUGAAGUGAGCGAGACAGAGAACAUCCGGAAAAAUCUAGCCAUCGAGCGUAUGAUCAUGGAAGGCUGCGAGAUCCUGCUGGACACCAGCCAGACCUUUGUGAGACAAGGCUCCCUCAUCCAGGUGCCCAUGUCUGAGAAGGGCAAGAUCACCAGGGGGCGACUGGGGUCUCUGUCCCUGAAGAAAGAGGGCGAGCGGCAGUGCUUCCUGUUCUCGAAGCACCUCAUCAUCUGCACCAGAGGCUCUGGCGGGAAGCUCCAUCUGACCAAGAAUGGAGUCGUGUCCCUCAUCGACUGCACUUUGCUGGAGGACCCAGAAAGCACGGAGGAAGAAGCCAAGGGGCCGGGCCAGGACACGGACCGCCUGGAUUUUAAGAUUGGGGUGGAGCCGAAGGAUGCCCCGCCCUUCACGGUCAUCCUCGUGGCCUCAUCCAGGCAGGAGAAGGCGGCAUGGACCAGUGACAUCAGCCAGUGUGUGGACAACAUCCGGUGUAAUGGGCUCAUGAUGAACGCCUUUGAGGAAAAUUCCAAGGUCACAGUGCCACAGAUGAUCAAGUCCGACGCGUCCCUGUACUGCGACGACGUGGACAUCCGCUUCAGCAAGACCAUGAACUCCUGCAAGGUGCUGCAGAUCCGGUACGCCAGCGUGGGGCGGCUGCUCGAGCGGCUGACCGACCUGCGCUUCCUCAGCAUCGACUUCCUCAACACCUUCCUGCACUCCUACCGCGUCUUCACCACGGCCGUCGUGGUCCUGGACAAGCUCAUCGCCAUCUACCGGAAGCCCAUCAGCGCCAUCCCCGCCAGGUCGCUGGAGCUCUUGUUCGCCAGUGGCCAGAACAACAAGCUCCUGUACGGCGACCCCCCGAAGUCCCCGCGUGCCACCCGCAAGUUCUCCUCGCCCCCGCCUCUGUCCAUCGCCAAGACGGCGUCGCCCAGCCGCCGGCGCAAGCUCUCCCUGAACAUCCCCAUCAUCACGGGCGGCAAGGCCCUGGACCUGGCCGCCCUGGGCUGCAGCUCCAACGGCUACACAAGUAUGUACUCAGCCAUGUCGCCCUUCGGCAAGGCCACGCUGGACACCAGCAAGCUCUACGUGUCCGGCGGCUUUGCCAACAAGAUUGCAGACGAGGGCGACAUGCCCGCCGAGAAGCCGGAAGACCCUUCGGCCCCCAGCAGGCAGAGCUCGGAAGUCUCCAUGCGGGAAGAGUCAGACACUGAUGAAAACCCGAGUGACGAUGGUGACACUGAGCUGUCGCCCACUAAGUCACCAACUACACCCAAAUCCGUCAAGAGCAAAAAUUCCUCAGAGCUCCCGCUCUUCUCCUACAACAACGGGGUCGUUAGGACCCCCUGCCGUGACCUGGACAACAACCGAAGUGCCCUGUCGGCGGCUUCUGCCUUCGCCAUCGCAACCGCGGGCGCCAACGAGGGUACCCCGAACAAAGAGAAGUACCGGAGGAUGUCCCUGGCCAGCGCAGGCUUCCCCGCCGACCAGCGGGACGGAGACAAGGAGUUUGUGAUCCGCAGAGCGGCCACCAACCGCGUCCUCAAUGUGCUGCGCCACUGGGUCUCCAAGCACUCUCAGGACUUUGAGACCAAUGACGAGCUCAAGUGCCAGGUGGUCAGCUUCCUGGAGGAGGUCAUGCACGACCCGGAGCUGCUGACCCAGGAGCGGAAGGCUGCCGCCAACAUCAUCAGGACUCUGACGCAGGAGGAUCCAGGUGAUAACCAGAUCACACUGGAAGAGAUCACACAGAUGGCCGAGGGCGUGAAGGCCGAGCCCUUUGAAAACCACUCCGCCCUGGAGAUCGCAGAGCAGCUCACCCUCCUGGACCAUCUCAUCUUCAAGAAGAUCCCUUAUGAGGAGUUCUUCGGACAAGGCUGGAUGAAACUGGAGAAGAACGAAAGGACCCCUUACAUCAUGAAAACCACUAAGCAUUUCAACGACAUCAGUAACUUGAUUGCUUCAGAAAUCAUCCGCAAUGAGGACGUCAACGCCAGGGUGAGCGCCAUCGAGAAGUGGGUGGCCGUGGCCGACAUAUGCCGCUGCUUACACAACUACAACGCCGUGCUGGAGAUCACCUCAUCCAUGAACCGGAGUGCCAUCUUCCGGCUGAAGAAGACGUGGCUCAAAGUCUCUAAGCAGACAAAAGCUUUGAUUGAUAAGCUCCAAAAGCUUGUGUCAUCAGAGGGCAGAUUUAAGAAUCUGAGAGAAGCUCUGAAAAACUGUGACCCUCCCUGCGUCCCUUACCUGGGGAUGUACCUCACCGACCUGGCUUUCAUCGAGGAGGGGACGCCCAACUACACAGAGGACGGCCUGGUCAACUUCUCCAAGAUGCGAAUGAUAUCCCACAUCAUCCGAGAGAUUCGCCAGUUUCAACAGACCGCCUACAAAAUAGAACACCAAGCAAAGGUAACCCAAUAUCUACUGGACCAAUCUUUUGUAAUGGACGAAGAGAGCCUCUACGAGUCCUCUCUCCGGAUAGAACCCAAGCUGCCCACCUGAAGCUGCGGGGUGCAGACCCAGCCGCGCCCACGGACACACGCUGUGUGACACUGUACAUACUCGUUGGGUCUCUCUGGAUUCUCUUCUUUAGUACGUGCUUCUCCAAACACACAAAUCCAUUCCUGCCCCGCGUCCUGUAGAGCCAGACUGUGAAUUUGUGCACCGUUUGAGACGCCGCCUGCCCGCCCUCCCACCCCUCGUCUCCUGCAACGCCUGGUCCUUCCAACAGCUGUGCUCCUCGUCUGUCCCACCCAGCCCGGCGCUCUCCUCAGGAGGGAACACAGAGCCCGUCCCCAGCCCAGACCCUGGGCUCAGUGGCCCCCAGCAGCCUCCCAGCAUGUUCCAUGUAGUUAUUAUAACUGGGUGGGGGUGGGGGGGAGGCGGGAGGGGGGACCAUACCCUGAAGUCGUCAUCGACAGGUCUUCUCGCUGAUGGUGACGCCAGUUUCCAAAGCAGCUUUGUCAGCCAAAAGCGCAGGUCUCAAAACUCCCCGUCUCCCUGUCACCUGACGGAGGAAGUGCCCUCCGGGGAGAACCACACCCCAUGACACCACGUGGCCACGUCGUCCAGGCACCCUGGCGCUCCUUGCUCUAGGAAUAACACCAGCUAGACACAGCAUGAAUAGCAGUCUCAGUAACACCGGACGAGGCCCCGGGACCAACGAGGAAAACGGAACCACCACACAAAGCCGACUUCGGCCCAGCGCUGCCGGCAAUUCCUGCCGGUUGGGAACACACGAAAACGUCACUUGUCCUCUUGCAGCGCCUGACGGCCCCUCCCAGCUUACACUGAGAUGCUCUAAGUCUGUAUGCCUCGUGAAAAUAGUACCACACUAUAGGAUUAGGAAACCAAUAACCAAGUGUGUUUAUCGCAUAUCCUCUAGUCCGUCUUGAUGCCUCCUAGCCGGAAGAUAGUGCCGUAGUGCUUAUUCUGUGAAUAUCCCACCUGUUUUUACACUGUACAGGACAGACAACAGGUUAACUCUGACGUGGCAGGCAUGCUCCACUGCGACAGACAGACAGACAACUCUGCUGUAAGCAAUACCCAGUGGUGUGGGAAUCCUAUUUCAAGUCCUAAAAUAUUUCAACUGACGGCUUGUUUGGAAAACAGAAAUUUCCAUUUUUGUAAACAUCUAUGUUUCCUGAUUACCUCUUGCUAAUAAAUCUAUUCUAUCUCAGGGUGAACAGUGGGUGUGGGUGGGUCCCACUCAUUCACUGCCUCCGAGUGGGUCCUGGGUGAACGCUUGGCCUUAGUCGGCAAGUGCCAAGAACACAAUCUCUGCUUUUCAGGACUCACAGUCUCGUGGGGACACGAUUUCGGUUACCAGGAAUGAAUCGCUAGAAACGAUUUCCGUUAUCUGUCCGAGCUGUGCGGGUCGCCAGGCCCAGCUGGCGGCUCUUGCAUGGGGUCUCUCACGAGGGGAGGUCACACCUCCACGGGGUCUCAGGCAGAAGCUAAGAGGCUUCCGCUGACCCAGCGUCAGAACUCCCAGAACAUCACACCCACAAUAUUCAUAACAAUAACAUGCUACUAUAAUUUUUUAAAAGUCAAAAUUCAUGUAAAACUCUAAUGCGAAGAAAAUGCCAGAAUUUUCAGCAAGGACAGGAUCGGUAUUACCGAGUUUUCCUUCCGCCUCAGCACCAGCUUCGUGCCCCUUCUGCACGUGAACCACAGACGGCUCUCGUCCCCGAAAGGAGACAGCGUGCUCCGGCUGUGGGUGGUUCGUGGGGAGAGGGGACACACUGGGCUAGCCUCUCUGCUUGCCUGUGUCUGGCUGUUUGGCUUUUCAGGGUGUCUGUUGCCUCCAACCCCACGAAGGAGCUUUUUAAAUUCAGGCCACAAGAGCAGACUGACCCAGGUCCCCGGUUUCCUUCAGGGUAAGUGGGUUCACAAGGGCAAACGGUGCUGCCCGUUGGCCUCUGGCAGCCGCUCACCAGCCUCUUGCUCUCGCCGUGUUUAAUGAUCACGGUCCCUUUCCCAACGGUGGCCUUGUGGGAGAGGGGCGCUGGUUUGUGGCUGUCACGGGCGGGCGUGUGAAGGUGCCGCCCAGGUGUUUGUCAAGCCCUGCCUGUGCAUUCCUCGGCACCAGCAUCCAGCCACCCUCCUGACUCCCUGACCGCAGCGUCCUCCUGCCCCAGCUGGAGUGGGGACCACAAAGCAAAGAGCCUCACAUUCUAGUCCAGCCCACGGCUUAGUGCCAGCCUCCACGUGGGCGCCCUCCUUCCACUUCAAACUCAGCCAGACCACACUGACCUCACCAGCUUCUAACCACACGGGCACCUUCCCACAGCCCCACCCGGCUGUGCAAGCCAGGAACCCAGAGGUCACCCAUGACUCCCACAUCCAAGGACUCACCAGGGCCAGCUGAUGUCAGCCUCCGAAUUAUCUUUCCAGCCAGGUGACAGCUCCUCACCGCCUCUGUCACCACCCUGGACCAGCAGCUCUCACACUUUUUGGUCUACAGGACCGCUCUACACACUUAAAAAUUAUUGA